AUGGAAAAGUGGUUGAAAGGAAAUGUAAAAACAGCUACUUUUUCUUCAACAAAUAACGAAGAAACAAACACUUCUAAUUCAACAACUAACAAAAGAAAAAAUGAAUUUUUACCUGCGAACAAUAAAAAGAAACGCAAGUACAAUUCAGAAUAUAUUAAAUUUGGUUUUAUUGUGUCAUGUGUGAAUAAUGAAGAACGGCCAAUGUGCGUCAUAUGUUUAAAUACGCUAUCAAACGAUUGCAUGAGACCGGGAAAAUUAAGUAGACAUUUAACUACUAUGCACCCCGAACACCAAAAUAAAACGACUGAUUUUUUUGAAAGAAAGGCAUCAGAACAAAGUCGGCAAGUAGUUUUUUUUGAUAAACAUACUCAUUUAAAUAAUACACUUCUUAAAGCUUCUUUUGAAAUGGCUUUGCUAAUUGCUAAAGCUAAAAAAAGUUUUACUAUUGGAGAAAACUUGGUUUUACCAGCAGCAAUAAAAAUAUGUGAAGUUAUACACGGUGAUAAAAUUGCAGACACAUUACGGUCUAUCCCUGUUUCCAAUGAUACUAUUAAAAGAAGAAUAGACUGUAUGGGGGAUCAUAUCAAAUCUCAAUUAUUAAUUCAAAUUAAAAAUAGUGACACUUUUGCAAUACAACUCGAUGAAUCGACUGAUCUUACAAAUAAUGCCCAGUUAAUGGUAUUUGUGAGAUAUCAAUAUAAUCUACAAAUACAUGAAGAUUUACUUUUUUGUGAAACUCUUUCUGAAACAACUAAAGGCAUAGAUAUAUUUAAAAAAGUAAAUGAUUUUUUUGUUAUAAACGAACUAGAAUGGUCCAAAUGUGUUGGCGUAUGUACAGACGGAGCAGCAGCAAUGACUGGUAGAAUAUCAGGGUUUAAAGCAGAAGUGACGAAAGUUAGUCCUGAUGUAAGAUUUGUUCAUUGCAUUAUACAUAGAGAGCAUUUAACUUUUCGAAAAAUUGGUUGUGAACUGAAUUUAAUUAUGAAUGACGUAGUAUCAAUGGUAAAUAUUGUGAAAACCCGUGCUCUUAAUACACGACUUUUUAAGAUUUUAUGUGAAGAUAUGGGAUCCAACCACAAUACAUUGCUAUUCCAUACUGACGUUCGUUGGCUAUCCCGUGGUAAAGUUUUAAAAAGAGUUAUAGAACUAAGUGAUGAGCUCCGCAUAUUUCUCCGUGAAAUUAAACCCGAUUUAUCUGCACUACUAAGUAAUGAAAAAUGGAUGUGUUUAGCUUCAUAUUUAGCAGACGUUUUCGAUAAAGUUAAUGAACUAAAUGUAUCUCUUCAAGGUCAAAGUACCAACAUUUUAGUACUUACCUCAAAACUUCAAGCAUUUAAUAAAAAAUUGUCUUCUUGGUUAAACGCAUUUAACAAUGGAGAUACCUCAAUGUUUACGAGUUUACAUGAUUUUCUUACCGUUAAUGAGCUUUCAUUAACAACUUCAGUUGCAAAGCAAUUAAUUGAAAUUAGAGAAGACUCCACUCUUGAAUCUGAAUUUCAUGAAAAAGAACUAAGUGAAUUUUGGUUGAGACGACAACAAGAGUACCCAUUAAUUUCAAAAGCGGCUUUACUUAUAUUAAUUCCUUUCGCUUCGACAUAUCUUUGUGAAACUGCAUUUUCACAACUACAAAUAAUAAAAAACCAACAUAGAUCAUGUCUUUCACAACAUUCAUUAGAAGCGAACUUGCGCAUUGCAGUUUCAAAUAUUACACCAGACAUCAAUAUGCUAUGCAAAAAUAUACAAGCCCACCCGUCGCAUUAA